AUGGAUGUUAUCAUUCUGUGGAAAUCGGCCGGGAACUGUAGUUGCCCAGAAAAAGUCUCAGUUCCAAGGCUGAUAUUCGAUAGGAAAGAAAAGGCAGCUGCUUUCGUCUACUUCGUGUUUGACAAAUUGAGGCCGUGGUCAUUGGUAAUAAGGAAUACACUAAUCAGCGGGUUUUAUGUGUGGAGUUGUUAUUUGUUUUUCCCUUGGAAGCCAAGAGAUUCACAACAGUUGAUUCCGAUUACGUGCAGUCGAAGUUUUCUCUUUACCUUUACAGCCCUUGUAAACAUGCUGCAAUACGAAUUAAAUGAUAUGCCGGCUGACACUAUUUCAUCAAUUGUGUUUAGCCCUACAAAUUCGGAUCUUUUACUAGUCUCUUCUUGGGAUAAAACACAGAACAUACUGUAUGUUGCUGGAAUUCUUGCCGCUGAUGAUCAAGUCAAAAAUUUUACUGGUGUCGCGUCUUGUGAAUUUUUGGACACAAAAACAACCAACGAUUUAAUUAUUAAAGCAAUGGAACAAGAAUAUAAUGAUGGAUGGAUAUCAUGGAAAUUUUGGCAGGGCAGAAGUCUCCGUCCAAACAGUUGA